AUGGACGAGCAACAACGGAAAAAUGAAGCAAGAAAACAAAACUUGUGCUUUAACUGCUUGAGGAAGGGACAUGGCGUCAACCAAUGCCCCUCGAGUGGCAGGUGCCGGACAUGUUCGAAGAAGCACCAUUCGUUACUACAUAACAGUGAAAUCACAAGCAUUUCAAAAAAAUUGACAGUCGAUGCUAAACCGUUCAUCCCGACUACCCAAGCGUUGUUGGCUGGGGAUGGAACACUGGAUCAAACAGUACUACUCGGAACCGCUCGAGUUGAUGUACAAAGCGUUUCGGGCAAAUUUGUGACUUUGAGAGCUUUAAUAGAUUCUGGGUCGCAAAGGAGUUUCAUCACGGAAUCAGCGGUUCAAUUGUUAGGUCUACGAAGGCGAUUCUCAAAGAUACAUAUAUGCGGAGUCGGAGCAGGUACAAGACUGCAGAGCAGAGGCAGUGUGGAGUUAGUGAUCAAGGCAAAGUAUGAAGACUUCACAACCAAUGUGCCAACUUUAGUACUACCGACCAUAACGAACUUGCAUUCGUCAACCGAAACCCCAGUCAAGCUACCAGCGGGACUAUCAGUCAAAAAAUUAGCUGAUCCCCAAUACGGAACUCCAGGGCGAAUCGACAUUCUGCUUGGAGCAGACACCUACAACGAGAUCGUGUUAGCAGGGUUCAAAAGGGGAUCUCCUUGUGCAGUGAAUACCAGAUUUGGCUGGAUUUUACUCGGUCCAACUUCUGCUCGAAACAAUCAAGAGGGAAUAUUGACAUUUAUCGCUACUGAAGACAGCACGGAUAGGCUGGUCAAGAGGUUUUGGGAAAUCAACGAGAUACCGAGCGAACAGCCGGUAACAAGGGACGAGCAGGCAGCUAUGGAAUGGUAUCAGCAGACCACCAGGAGGGACGAGUCUGGCAGAUACAUUGUUCGGCUCCCGUUUAAGCAAAAUGCGGAUCCCGGAAAAACCGUGUGCAACUCGCAGCAAAGGGCGUAUAUUCGUUUCUCGCAAUUGGAAAAACGAUUGAACAACGACGAUGACUUAAGGAAUCAAUAUGUAGCAUUCAUGGAGGAAUACCUUGAGCUAGGCCACAUGGUGGAAGUGCCAGUCGCAGAUAAGUUUACAAAACAGACAUAUUACUUGCCUCACCAUGCCGUACGCAAGGAUGACAAUACCACCACAAAGCUUCGAGUCGUUUUCAAUGCGUCUCAAGCAACACCAACAGGCAAGUCACUCAACGAUAUCUUGCUCGUCGGUCCCAACAUUCAGAAUAGCAUCACUCAUGUAUUGAUGAGAUGGAGAACGCAUCGAUACGUGAUAGCAGCUGACAUAGAAAAGAUGUACCGACAGAUAAGUAUACAUCCUCAGGAUCAGGACUAUCAACGAAUCCUGUGGCGAAGUCAUCCAUCCGAACCGAUUAAACAUUUUAAGUUAACAACAGUUACAUAUGGCACGGCCAGCGCCCCGUACUUGGCGAUGCGCACUUUGCAUCAGCUAUCGGAUGACGAAAGGAUGCACUAUCCAAAAGCGUGUCGAGCCAUUAAAGAAGACUUUUAUGUGGAUGAUGUCCUAACUUAUCAAAGUGCUACAAAAGGGAGGGUUUAA